GCCAGAUAUGAGGUUGAGUAUUAUUAAAUACGUCUACUGUUAUAUACAUCUGAGAAUUGCACGAAUGGAAUAAAGCUGGAGUCGGUGGAAACAUCUCGGCUUUGCAACAUUCAACAAAAAUUACGCAAGCAGCAAUCUGGUUUUGUGAAACUUAAAAAAAAUAGCUUAUUAGAAAAACGACAACAAUAUGAGUUCAGCUGCGGUAACUGCUGCUAUUCAAAGCACAGCCGGAGCAGUACCCGUUCGAAAUGAAAAAGGUGAAAUUUCCAUGCAGAAAGUGAAGGUGCAGCGGUAUGUGUCAGGCAAACGCCCAGAUUAUGCUAUUGCUGGUACAAGCUCCGAUGAAUCAGAUUUGGAAGACUUUAUAGAUCAUCGCAAACGGGCUGCUCAAGCACAACUCGAACGACGCCCGCCGAAAGAACACGCAACAGACGAACGUCAAGAAAAACCUCAAUCAGGGGAUGAGGAAGAAGUCGAUGAUCCGCGUUUAAGACGUCUGCGUACACGUCCCGAAGAUCAGGAAGAGUUGGAGAGGGAACGUCUUGAAAGACACAGGCACAUUCAUGAGCCAGAAAUAGUUGAAUCUGACUCAGAGGAAAGUGAACCCGAGGUAACCGCGAGUAAAGCGACAAAUAAAAUUACACUCGCAUCAGAGUCUGAUUCAGACUCAGAACUAAGUGAAGAUGAGUUAGAGCAACGGCGCAUGAAUCUGCGCCAUCGCAUGUUACAACAGCAAAAAGAAGAAGAGAUUUUGCAAAAGGAGGAGGAAAAACAAUCUGAAUCCUCUGAAACCGAAAGUUCUGAUUAUGAGGAAGAAACUGAGAGCGAGGAAGAUAACGAGCCCCGCCUAAAACCGCUAUUUGUCCGAAAACGUGAACGUGCAACUAUACAGGAAAAGGAGCGAGAAGCGCAAAAACAAAAACAAUUGGAGACGGAAGCGAAAAGAGCAGCCAAAGAACGUAGACGCGCAACACUGCGUCUAGUAGAGGAUAGCGUUAAAAAAGAUCUAGAAAAGGCUAAACCUGACACUGCGGAAGCAAGCAUAGACGAUGUAUGCACCGACGAUGAGAACGAUGAAGUUGAAUACGAAGCUUGGAAAUUGCGCGAGUUGAAACGAGUGAAACGCGAUCGAGAGGAGCGUGAAAACGCUGAACGAGAUAAAUCGGAAAUAGAUCGCAUGCGCAACUUGACCGAAGAAGAACGACGCCAAGAAUUGCGUAACAAUCCUAAAGUUAUCACUAACAAAGCUGCCAAAGGAAAAUACAAGUUUUUGCAGAAAUACUAUCAUCGUGGUGCUUUCUAUUUGAACGAAGAAAACGAUGUGCUGAAGCGUGACUUUGCCCAGGCCACUUUGGAAGACCACUUCGACAAAACUAUUUUACCAAAGGUAAUGCAAGUAAAGAACUUCGGUCGAUGCGGACGCACAAAGUAUACACAUUUGGUAGAUCAAGAUACGACGAAAUUCGAUUCUCCAUGGUAUGCUGAGACGUCAAACAAUAUUAAAUUUCACAAUGAAAAGGCAGGCGGCAUGAAACAAGUAUUUGAUCGACCGUCUUUGUCCAAACGCAAGAAGAUGGAGUAAUGUCUUGGCAUAUGAGCAACAACUACUGAAAAUAUACAGUUUAAUAUUAUAGAUAAGCAUUUAUGAAAACGUUAGCAUAAUACUACUAAUGUAUUUUCUAUAAAAAUAAAAAACAUGGCGCUGAAUUCGCCUCCAAAAAAACGCCGGUAUUGGAGCACCCAUA